UUUGUGUCAACAAUACAGGAAGUUGAGGGUAGCAGUGAAAAGGAAGCUAAAACUCAGCUUCCUUCAAAAGAGAAACAUAGGCAACUAAAAGUGUUCAGCUGUGUGCUCUGCUAAAACCCCCAAGACUGCAAAGUACAUGGAUUCUUGAAUCACCAGAAGCCAUGUCAGGCAGAAGACCCAAGAAGAACCAGAGACUUGGUUCAUCUCGACGAGGUCCUAAAGGUCUUAAAAAUUUUGAGCAAGAUAAAGAUGAUGAUGAUGAUGGGCUUCAGCAGAUUGCAGAGAGUGGUGAUGGGCAAAAUGAAUUUCACACCACCACUGAUUACCAUUCAGCCCAAUUUGAUCAUCCACCAGGUCAACAAACCUCUGUGUUAGAAUGUCCUCCACAUGCAAGCAGUCACAAGGAUUCACUCAUGGAGACUGAACUUCCAGAACGGAAAAGAAAAAUGGGAUCAACUCGCAAGAGUCCUGGUGGGUUUAAAGUUGAGCGAAAGCUUGAGGUGAGGAGCACUGAAGAGUUAGAUGAAUAUUUAACUCAACCAAACACAUCAGCCACUGAAGAACAACAUUCAUCUCUCACAGAAGAUGAACAAUCAAGGUCAUCAAGUUUUCCUUCUAGUUUAUCCCUUCAGACUGAAAGUUCUGGGUUGGGAGGGGAGCCUCAAGCAACUUUUAUGGUUGUGGUUCCGGAAAAUGAAGAAAAAGAUGCAAUACGCCAUCAAGAAAUAACCUCUCAUUCUUAUGAGGUAGUAAAUGAUACGCCUAUAGACAAGACAGUGGGGGGAUCUGUCCAUUUUAGUGCUGCUACAGUAGCUGAAAGUGAUUUGUUGAGGGAGGAUUCAGUCAUGUUUAAUGAACUAAAUGCAUUGAGUCGCCAAGAAACCCCAUUAGCCAGCACCUCUGGACAAAAAAGAAGGAUGGGAUCAACCCGCAGGCCUCUCAGAGGGAAAAACAGAGAAAAUAUAGGUGUGCAAGAAGAUUUGAGAAGCAUGACAGAGAAUGAAAGAAAAGCAGAAGUCAUAGAUGAAGGAAAGUUCAGCACGUCAGAAGAGAUGGCGCAAAUGUGGGAUGGUGUGGCAAGAGAUGAUCCAUCGUCCCACACAGAAUCAUCUUUGGUUUCAAAUCUGUCUCUAUUGGCUGAGCUAAAAGAGCUUGAUGUUUCAGCUGGAACUGAAACUAUGAAUCAAUCAGUUGCUUUUCCCCUUGUUGAUCCAGAAAAGCCCCUACCUGAAACAUCUAGCCACCAUGGUACUCCAUUACUCAACAAGGGAUUGGAUUUUAAGUUUGGUUCAUACACUGAGGAUUUUGAUGUUCUAAACAAAGUUUUGGAAGAAGCAGGAAGUCAUUUUAGUGAUAACAACCAACAUGUGCCAGAUACAAGAAAAGAUACAAACACAUCUCACAACUGCAGAGAUGUAAACACAGUAGAAGCCAAGGAGGAGGUUCUAAAGCAGAAAGAGGAACCAUCUAGAAAUAAUAAAACGAGUAGUUUAUCACCAAGACAGGAUGCACAAUUAGAGGAACUUGUGUUAAAUUCUGAGGCAUCACUAAGCCAACAUGAUAACUUUGAUUGUUCAACUGCUCAAAUUAAAGAGGGAGGAAAUCGAGGUUUUGUUGUGCCUGCGUCUAACAUUAGCCAUGCUGAACCCACAGAAACCAGUUCACCACAUGAGAUGAGUGAUGCUGUUAAAGAAAGCCAAGAGAUUUAUAUGGAAAAGAAACAUGAAAAUAAUGUUUGUGAUGUUGAUUCAAUAACAUGUGAUACUCUGACUGAUUUAGAGUGUGUUGAUGAAGAUGAAAGAGGAUCUGAAACAGACAAUGGAUUUGAAAUGACAGACCAGGGUGAUGCAAGAGAUCACAAAGUAACACAAAUAAUAAUGGAAGUAAGAGAUAAUAAAGAAGACGGAGGAACGAGCACUGAGACAGUAUGGAUUUCACAUCAGGAACCGUGUGAAGUUUCAACUGAAAAAGAGGAGUUACAUAGAGAACAAGAAUAUUCAUCAACUAUAUCUCAAACACAAAGUGUUCCGUCACAAGAUAAUGCUGGGAAGAUGCUAGAAAAUAAGGAGGCUAGAGAAGACAAAGGAGAGACUGAGAAUACUGUAAUUAAUGAUGUGACCUCAAAGUCAGAGGAAAUGCUUAGUUUUGAAGACUCAGCAACAGAGACAGGAUCUCAUGCACACCAACAACAGUUUAUGCAAUCUCCUGAAAAAGAAGGUUAUGAUUUAAGUGAAAGUGGGUAUGAGGAACGUGAAAAGGAAGGAAUAUUUUUCAGUGCAGAGUCAGAGAAUAUGGCUUUUGACAGAAGUGUUGGAAGAGGUGAAGAAACUGAAGGAAUUGAGGGGAUGGAUGCAACAGUCCUGAUAUUAGAUGUGGAAAAACCUCUAACCAAUGCUAACACAGCAUGUAAUGAUAGCGAAUCAGAUUUUCAAACAGAAAAUCCAGAGCAAAACAGAGUAUUAACAGAAGAGCAAAAUUCUACUUCCCCUGAUACAAACCUGGAAGCAUUUCAAGUAUCUGAUAACGUUUCUACUGUGAUUGAUUCCAGUCUCCUUUUGCACGUAGCUGUAGGUUCAGAAGAGACAGACACCAUUGCUGAGGAAAGUUAUAUCAGCUCUGUUGUUCCUGAAGAUUCUCAAGAUUCUUACAAGCUCACAACCUUUCAUUCAGAAACCCAGGGAAAUGAAGGAGAUGAUGAAAUAGUGCCAGUAGGGGGAGACAAAGACUUACAAAUUCAAACACAGAACAAAGAUUUUUACUCAUCAACCAGUGAAUCUGUAGGAACAGAAGAGAACAUCCAUGAUGUUAGUGUUUUAGUUAGAGAAUAUGACGUUAAUGUAGAUACAGUAACAGUGGAGAGUAACAGGACUACUGAAUCAGAUUUUCUUCAAACUUCUUCUGACGCACUGAAAGUAUCUGAAAAUCCUGAGAAUGAGGUUUUGAGUGACAUCAACAUCAUUCCUGAAGAUUCUCUCAGAGAGGAGGCACACUCAAAAUCGACUCCAAUUGUUCACAAGCGAAAAAUGGGCUCAACUCGAAGACCUCUUAAAGGCAAUAAAGGAAAGGAAAGAAAAUAUCAUGAUGAAAAUGAGACACUUGACAGUGAAGCUAUGAUCAAUGUAGAGAAAGAAACAUUUAGUUUGGAUGAUGAACCCAGUCCAGAUGAAUCUUCGUUACAAAUCUCAAAAGAUGGAGCUAAAGAACAGGAAGUGGAAAUAUGUGAGAAGAAUGAUGUUGGUCCUGCUGAAGGGUCUGAAUCUGAUCUCAUGCAGUCAUCAUUUAGUUUAGAUUUAGUGUCUGAGGAAUCCACUGCAGUAACUGUCUGUCACAUCACAGAAUCACAAACCCUCACAAAAAUCAAUGAAGAGUCCCAGGAAGAUACUGGAGAUGCUGAAAGAGUGCCAGCAGAGGGAGACACAGACUCACGUUUUGAAAUUAAAGCACAGAACAAAUUGUUUGACUCAACAACCUGUGAAGCUGAAGGAACAGAAGAGAUCUCUCAUGAGGCUAGUGUUUCAGUGAGAGAAGAUGACAGUAUUGGAAAUAAAGAUACAGUGGAGAGUGAUAUGACUUCUGAGUUAGUUUUUCUUCAAAGUUCUCCUGAUGUAAAUGUGGAAGCAUUGAAAGUGUCUGAAAAUGCUGAGAAAGAAGUUUCAGGAGAAGAUUCUCUCAGAGAGGAGGCACACUCAAAAUCGAGUCCAAUUGUUCACAAGCGAAAAAUGGGCUCUACUCGAAGACCUCUCAGAGGAGAUACAGGGCAAAGAAAAGGAAUAAAAUAUGAUGAAAAUGAGACAGUUGACAGUGAAAGUAUGAUCAAUGUAGAGAAAGAAACAUUGAUUUUGGAUGAUGAACCAAGUCCAGAUGAAUCUUCAUUUCAAAUCUCAAAAGAUGGAGCUAAAGAACAGGAAGUGGAAAUAUGUGAGAAGAAUAAUGUUGGUCCUGCUGAAGGGUCUGAAUCUGAUCUCAUGCAGUCAUCAUUUAGUUUAGAUUUAGUGUCUGAGGAAUCCACUGCAGUAACUGUCUGUCACAUCACAGAAUCACAAACCCUCACAAAAAUUAAUGAAGAAUCCCAGGAAGAUACUGGAGAUGCUGAAAGAGUGCCAGCAGAGGGAGACACAGAAUCACACUCAGAAAUUCAAACAGAAAACAAAAUGAGUGACUUAACAUCUGAAGCAGAAAGAACAGAAGAAAACAUCUGUGAAGCUACUGUUUUAAUGAAAGAAGAUGAAGUUAUUGGACAUACAGUUACAGUGGAGAGUAAUAUGACUAUUGAGUCUGAAUUGCUUCAAAAUGAUACUUUCUCUGAUGCAAAACUGGAAGCAUCGAAAGUAUCUGAAAAAACUGAGAAUGUUUCUUCUGUGACUGAUACUGGUCUCGUUGUGCAAAAUGAUGCCACUGAAGCGUCAAGAGAGACAGAUGCAAUUCCUGAUCAAAGUGACACCAACAUCAUUCCUGAAGAUUCUCUCAGAGAGGAGGCACACUCAAAAUCGACUCCAAUUGUUCACAAGCGAAAAAUGGGCUCAACUCGAAGACCUCUUAAAGGCAAUAAAGGACAAAGAAAAGGAAUAAAUUUUGAUGAAAAUGAAACAGUUGACAGUGAAAGUAUGAUCAAUGUAGAAAAAGAAACAUUUUUGGAUGAUGAACCCAGUCCAGAUGAAUUUUCAUUACAAAUCUCAAAAGAUGGAGCUAAAGAACAGGAAGUGGCAAUAUGUGAGAAGAAUGAUGUUGGUCCUGUUGAAGGGUCUGAAUCUGAUCUCAUGCAGUCAUCAUUUAGUUUAGAUUUAGUGUCUGAGGAAUCCACUGCAGUAACUGUCUGUCACAUCACAGAAUCACAAACCCUCACAAAAAUCAAUGAAGAGUCCCAGGAAGAUACUGGAGAUGCUGAAAAAGCAGCAGUAGGUGGAGACACAGACUCACGUUUUGAAAUUAAAGCACAGAACAAAUUGUUUGACUCAACAACCUGUGAAGCUGAAGGAACAGAAGAGAUCUCUCAUGAGGCUAGUGUUUCAGUAAGAGAAGAUGACAGUAUUGGAAAUAAAGAUACAGUGGAGAGUGAUAUGACUUCUGAGUUAGUUUUUCUUCAAAGUUCUCCUGAUGUAAAUGUGGAAGCAUUGACAGUGUCUGAAAAUGCUGAGAAAGAAGUUUCAGGAGAAGAUUCUCUCAGAGAGGAGGCACACUCAAAAUCGAGUCCAAUUGUUCACAAGCGAAAAAUGGGCUCUACUCGAAGACCUCUCAGAGGCAAUAAAGGACAAAGAAAAGGAAUAAAAUAUGAUGAAAAUGAGACAGUUGACAGUGAAAGUAUGAUCAAUGUAGAGAAAGAAACAUUGAUUUUGGAUGAUGAACCAAGUCCAGAUGAAUCUUCAUUUCAAAUCUCAAAAGAUGGAGCUAAAGAACAGGAAGUGGAAAUAUGUGAGAAGAAUGAUGUUGGUCCUGCUGAAGGGUCUGAAUCUGAUCUCAUGCAGUCAUCAUUUAGUUUAGAUUUAGUGUCUGAGGAAUCCACUGCAGUAACUGUCUGUCACAUCACAGAAUCACAAACCCUCACAAAAAUUAAUGAAGAAUCCCAGGAAGAUACUGGAGAUGCUGAAAGAGUGCCAGCAGAGGGAGACACAGAAUCACACUCAGAAAUUCAAACAGAAAACAAAAUGAGUGACUUAACAUCUGAAGCAGAAAGAACAGAAGAAAACAUCUGUGAAGCUACUGUUUUAAUGAAAGAAGAUGAAGUUAUUGGACAUACAGUUACAGUGGAGAGUAAUAUGACUAUUGAGUCUGAAUUGCUUCAAAAUGAUACUUUCACUGAUGCAAAACUGGAAGCAUCGAAAGUAUCUGAAAAUACUGAGAAUGUUUCUUCUGUGACUGAUACUGGUCUCGUUGUGCAAGAUGAUGCCACUGAAGCGUCAAGAGAGACAGAUGCAAUUCCUGAUCAAAGUGACACCAACAUCAUUCCUGAAGAUUCUCUCAGAGAGGAGGCACACUCAAAAUCGACUCCAAUUGUUCACAAGCGAAAAAUGGGCUCAACUCGAAGACCUCUUAAAGGCAAUAAAGGAAAGGAAAGAAAAUAUCAUGAUGAAAAUGAGACACUUGACAGUGAAGCUAUGAUCAAUGUAGAGAAAGAAACAUUUAGUUUGGAUGAUGAACCCAGUACAGAUGAAUCUUCGUUACAAAUCUCAAAAGAUGGAGCUAAAGAACAGGAAGUGGAAAUAUGUGAGAAGAAUGAUGUUGGUCCUGCUGAAGGGUCUGAAUCUGAUCUCAUGCAGUCAUCAUUUAGUUUAGAUUUAGUGUCUGAGGAAUCCACUGCAGUAACUGUCUGUCACAUCACAGAAUCACAAACCCUCACAAAAAUCAAUGAAGAAUCCCAGGAAAAUACUGGAGAUGCUGAAAAAGCAGCAGUAGGUGGAGACACAGACUCACAUUUUGAAAUUAAAGCACAGAAUAAAUUGUUUGACUCAACAACCUGUGAAGCUGAAGGAACAGAAGAGAUCUCUCAUGAGGCUAGUGUUUCAGUGAGAGAAGAUGACAGUAUUGGAAAUAAAGAUACAGUGGAGAGUGAUACGACUUCUGAGUUAGUUUUUCUUCAAAGUUCUCCUGAUGUAAAUGUGGAAGCAUUGAAAGUGUCUGAAAAUGCUGAGAAAGAAGUUUCAGGAGAAGAUUCUCUCAGAGAGGAGGCACACUCAAAAUCGAGUCCAAUUGUUCACAAGCGAAAAAUGGGCUCUACUCGAAGACCUCUCAGAGGCAAUAAAGGACAAAGAAAAGGAAUAAAAUAUGAUGAAAAUGAAACAGUUGACAGUGAAAGUAUGAUCAAUGUAGAGAAAGAAACAUUGAUUUUGGAUGAUGAACCAAGUCCAGAUGAAUCUUCAUUUCAAAUCUCAAAAGAUGGAGCUAAAGAACAGGAAGUGGAAAUAUGUGAGAAGAAUGAUGUUGGUCCUGCUGAAGGGUCUGAAUCUGAUCUCAUGCAGUCAUCAUUUAGUUUAGAUUUAGUGUCUGAGGAAUCCACUGCAGUAACUGUCUGUCACAUCACAGAAUCACAAACCCUCACAAAAAUCAAUGAAGAGUCCCAGGAAGAUACUGGAGAUGCUGAAAGAGUGCCAGCAGAGGGAGACACAGAAUCACACUCAGAAAUUCAAACAGAAAACAAAAUGAGUGACUUAACAUCUGAAGCAGAAAGAACAGAAGAAAACAUCUGUGAAGCUACUGUUUUAAUGAAAGAAGAUGAAGUUAUUGGACAUACAGUUACAGUGGAGAGUAAUAUGACUAUUGAGUCUGAAUUGCUUCAAAAUGAUACUUUCACUGAUGCAAAACUGGAAGCAUCGAAAGUAUCUGAAAAUACUGAGAGUGUUUCUUCUGUGACUGAUACUGGUCUCGUUGUGCAAAAUGAUGCCACUGAAGCGUCAAGAGAGACAGAUGCAAUUCCUGAUCAAAGUGACACCAACAUCAUUCCUGAAGAUUCUCACAGAGAGGAGGCACACUCAAAAUCGACUCCAAUUGUUCACAAGCGAAAAAUGGGCUCAACUCGAAGACCUCUUAAAGGCAAUAAAGGAAAGGAAAGAAAAUAUCAUGAUGAAAAUGAAACAGUUGACAGUGAAGCUAUGAUCAAUGUAGAGAAAGAAACAUUUAGUUUGGAUGAUGAACCCAGUCCAGAUGAAUCUUCGUUACAAAUCUCAAAAGAUGGAGCUAAAGAACAGGAAGUGGAAAUAUGUGAGAAGAAUGAUGUUGGUCCUGCUGAAGGGUCUGAAUCUGAUCUCAUGCAGUCAUCAUUUAGUUUAGAUUUAGUGUCUGAGGAAUCCACUGCAGUAACUGUCUGUCACAUCACAGAAUCACAAACCCUCACAAAAAUCAAUGAAGAGUCCCAGGAAGAUACUGGAGAUGCUGAAAAAGCAGCAGUAGGUGGAGACACAGACUCACAUUUUGAAAUUAAAGCACAGAACAAAUUGUUUGACUCAACAACCUGUGAAGCUGAAGGAACAGAAGAGAUCUCUCAUGAGGCUAGUGUUUCAGUAAGAGAAGAUGACAGUAUUGGAAAUAAAGAUACAGUGGAGAGUGAUAUGACUUCUGAGUUAGUUUUUCUUCAAAGUUCUCCUGAUGUAAAUGUGGAAGCAUUGACAGUGUCUGAAAAUGCUGAGAAAGAAGUUUCAGGAGAAGAUUCUCACAGAGAGGAGGCACACUCAAAAUCGAGUCCAAUUGUUCACAAGCGAAAAAUGGGCUCUACUCGAAGACCUCUCAGAGGAGAUACAGGGCAAAGAAAAAGAAGAGAAUAUCAUGAUGAAAAUGAGACACUUAAUAGUGAAAGUAUGAUCAAUGUAGAGAAAGAAACAUUCAGUUUGGAGGAUCAACCCAGUCCAGAUGAAAUUACAUCACAAAGGUCAAAAGAUGAAGCUACAGAAGGGAAGGAAAUAUGUGAGAAGAAUGAUGUUGGUCCUGCUGAAGGGUCUGAAUCUGAUCUCAUGCAGUCAUCAUUUAGUUUAGAUUUAGUGUCUGAGGAAUCCACUGCAGUAACUGUCUGUCACAUCACAGAAUCACAAACCCUCACAAAAAUCAAUGAAGAAUCCCGGGAAAAUACUGGAGAUGCUAAAAGAGUGCCAGCAGAGGGAGACACAGAAUCACACUCAGAAAUUCAAACAGAAAACAAAAUGAGUGACUUAACAUCUGAAGCAGAAAGAACAGAAGAAAACAUCUGUGAAGCUACUGUUUUAAUGAAAGAAGAUGAAGUUAUUGGACAUACAGUUACAGUGGAGAGUAAUAUGACUAUUGAGUCUGAAUUGCUUCAAAAUGAUACUUUCACUGAUGCAAAACUGGAAGCAUCGAAAGUAUCUGAAAAUACUGAGAGUGUUUCUUCUGUGACUGAUACUGGUCUCGUUGUGCAAGAUGAUGCCGCUGAAGCGUCAAGAGAGACAGAUGCAAUUCCUGAUCAAAGUGACACCAACAUCAUUCCUGAAGAUUCUCUCAGAGAGGAGGCACACUCAAAAUCGACUCCAAUUGUUCACAAGCGAAAAAUGGGCUCAACUCGAAGACCUCUUAAAGGCAAUAAAGGACAAAGAAAAGGAAUAAAUUUUGAUGAAAAUGAAACAGUUGACAGUGAAAGUAUGAUCAAUAUAGAAAAAGAAACAUUUUUGGAUGAUGAACCCAGUCCAGAUGAAUUUUCAUUACAAAACUCAAAAGAUGGAGCUAAAGAACAGGAAGUGGCAAUAUGUGAGAAGAAUGAUGUUGGUCCUGUUGAAGGGUCUGAAUCUGAUCUCAUGCAGUCAUCAUUUAGUUUAGAUUUAGUGUCUGAGGAAUCCACUGCAGUAACUGUCUGUCACAUCACAGAAUCACAAACCCUCACAAAAAUCAAUGAAGAGUCCCAGGAAGAUACUGGAGAUGCUGAAAAAGCAGCAGUAGGUGGAGACACAGACUCACGUUUUGAAAUUAAAGCACAGAACAAAUUGUUUGACUCAACAACCUGUGAAGCUGAAGGAACAGAAGAGAUCUCUCAUGAGGCUAGUGUUUCAGUGAGAGAAGAUGACAGUAUUGGAAAUAAAGAUACAGUGGAGAGUGAUAUGACUUCUGAGUUAGUUUUUCUUCAAAGUUCUCCUGAUGUAAAUGUGGAAGCAUUGAAAGUGUCUGAAAAUGCUGAGAAAGAAGUUUCAGGAGAAGAUUCUCACAGAGAGGAGGCACACUCAAAAUCGACUCCAAUUGUUCACAAGCGAAAAAUGGGCUCUACUCGAAGACCUCUCAGAGGCAAUAAAGGACAAAGAAAAGGAAUAAAAUAUGAUGAAAAUGAGACAGUUGACAGUGAAAGUAUGAUCAAUGUAGAGAAAGAAACAUUGAUUUUGGAUGAUGAACCCAGUCCAGAUGAAUCUUCAUUUCAAAUCUCAAAAGAUGGAGCUAAAGAACAGGAAGUGGAAAUAUGUGAGAAGAAUGAUGUUGGUCCUGCUGAAGGGUCUGAAUCUGAUCUCAUGCAGUCAUCAUUUAGUUUAGAUUUAGUGUCUGAGGAAUCCACUGCAGUAACUGUCUGUCACAUCACAGAAUCACAAACCCUCACAAAAAUUAAUGAAGAAUCCCAGGAAGAUACUGGAGAUGCUGAAAGAGUGCCAGCAGAGGGAGACACAGAAUCACACUCAGAAAUUCAAACAGAAAACAAAAUGAGCGACUUAACAUCUGAAGCAGAAAGAACAGAAGAAAACAUCUGUGAAGCUACUGUUUUAAUGAAAGAAGAUGAAGUUAUUGGACAUACAGUUACAGUGGAGAGUAAUAUGACUACUGAGUCUGAUUUUCAUCAAAAUGUCUCUGAUGCACACGUGGAAGAAUUGAAAGUAUCUGAAAAUGUUGAGAAUAAAGUUUCAGGAGAAACAGACACAAGUACCAAGCCAAGUGACAACAGCACUGUUCCUGCAGGUUCUCACAGAGAGGAGGUACAUGCAAAAUUGAGUCCAGUUGUUCAUAAGAGAAAAAUGGGCUCAACUAGAAGACCUCUCAGAGGAGAUACAAGGCAAAGAAAAGAUAGAGAAUAUCAUGAUGAAAAUGAGACAUUUAAUAGUGAAAAUAUAAUUAAUGUAGAGAAAGAAACAUUCAGUUUGGAGGAUAAAUCUACAUCACAAAGCUCAAAAGAUGCUCAAAAGCUCACUGGUGUAAAACUGGAAGCAUUGAAAUUAUCUGAAAAUACUGAGAAUGUUUCUUCUGUGACUCAUACUGGUCUUCUUGUGCAAGAUGACACUACUAAAGGAUAUAGUGAUAUGACUACUGAGUCUGAUUUUCAUCAAAAAGCUUCUUCCCAUGAUGCACACGUGGAAGAAUUUGAAGUCUCUAAAAAUGUUGAGAAAAAAGCUUCAGGAGAAACAGACACAAUUACUGAGCCAAGUGACAUCAAUAUAAUUCCUGAAGAUACUCUCAGAGAGGAGGCACACUCAAAAUCGACUCCAGUUGUUCACAAGCGAAAAAUGGGCUCAACUCGAAGACCUCUCAGUGGGAACAAAGGACAAAGAAAAGUGAGAGUAGAAGUGUCAGGAGAAGAAGACACAGAAACACUCUCAGAAAUUCAAGACCAGGAUAACGUGGUUGAUCACAAUGUGACACAAGAAAUUAUGAAUAUAAGAGACAAUGAAGAUGAGGAGAGAAUGACCACAAAGCCAGUGGAUAUGUCAGUGCAGCUAUGUGAUGAUUUAGAACAAGAGCAAAGAUCAGAUGUAUCUCAAACACAAACUGGUCCAUCACAAGAUGAUACUGGCUCACAUUUAUUAGAUGUCCCAGAGAGAACUGCAGAUUUUGUUAGAGACAGCCUUACAAGUCAUUCUGAUCUUGUCUUGUCUGAUGCCCUGCUUAUGGAGGAAACUCAAAUUCAUGUGUCAUCUGAGGAUGUUGUCAUGGGUGACACUUCUGUACCUCCAACAGAGGUAGUUGAAAUGCAUUCAGUCUCCAACAGAUCUUUGCAGAAGAGAAAAAUGGGGUCAACUCGGAAGAGAGGGAAGAGGAUGGUAAAUGAAGAGGAGGUUGAAGAAGAGAAAGAGGGAGAAGCUGAAAAUACAACAAUUGAUGAUGGGACCACAAAGUCUGAGGAGAAAUUAACUCUUGAAGAAGCCAUUACAGGAUCUCCUGUACAUCAGCAAGCGUUUAGUUCAUCUGCUGGUAAAGAAGGCUUUGACAUUCAGGAAGUGGCUAGUAAAUCAGAUGUGCAGACAGAAAACUCAGAAGAAAGUGAUCAAAAACAAGCUGCUGAGAUGGCUUCAGACCUUCCUUUGGGAGAUGCUGAGACAUACUCAGUUCCUGAACAAAGAGAAAUCUUAAGCAUCAUUACUGAAGAGUCUCACAGAAAAGAUGUACAAUCAAACUCGAUUCCAGUUGUUCAAAAGCGAAAAAUGGGGUCAACACGCAAGACAUUCAGAGGGAACAAAGGGCAGAGAAGAGAAGUAGAAUCCAAAGAGAUGGAUGGAGAGAGUAAAGGAAUGGCAAAGGAGCAGGAUACAGACCCACAUUUAGCAACCAGUGAAGGAGAAAAUAAAUUGGAUGAAGACACUGAACAAACCUUCCCUGUUGAAUUUUCUCAUCAAGCAGCUAUUUCGAACAUGUUUUCUGAAUCAGAAGAUGGAGUGAAGGAAGUUUCUCUCAAUAUCCAUGACCCAUCUGAUGUGAGUGAAGAAAAGGGCAUAGAGAAUACUGAAAAUGACAGUAAUAGUCUGAAUGAGGCAAUCAAUCUCUAUGAGGGGACAACGGACAAAUUUGUCUUGACAGUCAGUCGCGAAGAUGUUCAUCAGAGCAUGUCUGCAGAUUACCUUGAUCAAAAUGUUCAUGGAGCAUCAGAGCCUGAACAAACUGAAACCAUGUGCCAUCCUAUUCCCACACAAGAACUAAAAAUCACUCAAGAUGAUGUUGUUCAUGAAAACAGCUCUCAAAAAAUACCUUCCACACAUGAAAAGAGGCGAAAGAUGGGCUCCACCCGAAGAAAACCUCGAGAAAUGCGUGGGGAAAACAUGGGUGACCAGAACGAUAUACUUGAUAUGGCAAUGGAUAGAGAAACUAAAAAAGCAGAGAAUGAUUUAGAUGAUAUGCCUUUAGCAUCAAGCAUUAGUCAGCUCAAGGAGAUGUCCUCAGAAGCUGUCAGCACCACAGAUCUUGAAUCUGAAAUGUUAGUUGGUGCAACUGAUUUAAAAGGAGUUGAAAAUGAUUAUCAGAAUAAUUCUGACCCCAGUGAACCAACUGCACAUGAAACACCUGAAAAUACUCUUCAAAUAUGUGAAAAUCAGUUAGUAAAUGUUGAUGUUACCAAACAUCUACAGCCAGAGACUGUUACAAUUGAGAAAAGAAGGAAGAUGGGCUCGACUCGGAAGAAUCUCAGAGAAGGAAGAAUACGGGGGAAGAGAGAUGCAUACGAGGACACGGAAACUGCAGACACACAUUUACAGAUGUCUCAGGACUCUGAAAUGAGCUUAGUAGGAAAAGCUGUGGGAGAACAAACAAUUCACGAUUACUCUAAUCAGUCAGAGGAUUCACUUCUUAGUGAGAUAGAGAGAGCUUUAAAUAAGACUUCUCAAAGUUCAUUGAAUUAUGAAUUGUUUGUCAAUCAGCCAAACUCAGGUGACUUAGCGAAUAUUCCUGAUCUCAAUAAGCUAGAAAACUCAGAAAUCAAAUCUCAGCUAAAACCAUCACAGAGCUCCAAAACUCACAGUGAACCCAACUCACCAGAAAGACGAAGAAGAAAAAUGGGUUCAACUCGCAAGAAUCCCAGACAGCAGAUCAAAGCAGAAAGGGAGGAUGAAGAUAAGGAGGAUGGGGAGAUAGAAAAGAACUUAGAGACAAAUAAGCAAGAAAUCAAGGACCUUGAAAGAGUUGAGGUGUCUGUAGUGCAUAAUAUCCCUGAAAAUAAGCUAAAUAAAGAGUAUCUUGAUGUCCCCAGUGCACACACAAGUGGCAGUCAGCUCGAAGAAAGUGGCAACCCUGUUGUCCAAGAAAAGACGUCGCCUUCAACUAAAAGGAAGUUUGGGUCCAGACGCACUAAUAAGGGCAAACAAGGCCUUGGUAGGCUGGACGCUUCUGACAGUAGGAAUGAAUUAGAAGAUGGAGAUCAUAAACCAAACGUCUCUGAGAUCGAGGACAAUCUGCACAGUGAUUUAACAGUUUGUGAUCCGUAUCUCGGCUUACAACCAGGGAAUCAACCAAUUUCCCAACCGAUUUCUCAGCAGAGCAAUAUGGAAGCCAGAAAUGAAGAAGCUGCUCCAAAAGGCACUGAUGCUGGUCUUGUUUCCUUGGACCAAAUCAUAAAGCACGAUAGAAGUACUGGAACGAGGCAGUCAAUAAAUUUAAACAACAGGAGUGAACAAAAUAUUGAAGUACAGUUUAAUGUGGUCAUGGUGGGAAACAGCUGUGUUGGGAAGACUUCUUUUGUAAGACGCUUCCAUGAAGGGCAGUUCACUGAGGAUUUCCGCUCCACUAUCGGUGUUGAUACCUGUGUACAGACUGUUGUGCUCCCUGAAAGAACUGUUAAACUGCAGAUAUGGGACACAGCAGGUCAAGAGAGGUUUCACAGCAUCACCACACAAGUGUUCCACAAGGCUGAUGGGCUUCUGCUCAUGUAUGAAAUCACAUGUUCAAAGAGUUUUAUUUCUGUACGAGAUUGGAUCUCUCAAGCUCGGGAAAGGGCUCCUGAUGAUGCCAUCAUGAUAUUGCUCGGAAACAAGAAUGAUUCUACUGAGCGUGAAGUCCAGAUUCAGGAAGGGGUGGAUCUGGCCAGAGAGUAUGACAUACUUUUCAUGGAGUGCAGUGCUGCAACUGGGGCUAAUGUGUCAGAAUCCAUGAGGACUCUUGCAGAGUUGUUAGUGCAACGCAAGACACAGAAAGAGGAACACACAAAAUUAAGAAGAGAACCACCACCGAAGAAAUCUGGUUGCUGUUAAAAACACACUCCCACACACAGAGAUGCACUACCAUUCAAAAGUUUUUUGGUCAAUUAAUUAAAAAAAAAAAAAAAAAAAAAAAGUAUACUUUUAUUCAACAAUGAUCCUGAAAAAUAUAUCACAGCUUCCACAGACAUUUUAAUAAGAACUACCAUUUUAAACAUUAAUAAUUGAGAAAUGGUUCUUGAGCACCAAAUCAGCAUAUUAGAAUGAUUUCUGAAGGAUCAUGUGACACUGAAGACUGGAGUAAUGAUGCUGAAAAUUUAGCUUUGCCAUCACAGAAAUAAAUUACACUUUAAAAAUAUAUAUUAAAAUCUUACUGAUCCCAAACUUUUGAAGGUAGUGUCUCUUCGCAAAAAGCAAAGGCAAAAUAUAAACUGCUUAUAUAUCAUUGCUUAAGGGAAAUAUAAUUUCAGUGUUUUAUAAAUAUGUACAAAGCACAAUAAUGGUUUGAUUUUUAUAAUAUCACACAUAAUAAUGUAACUUUACAUAUAUUUAAUGUCUACUGUAAGUGCUGAGUGGAGGUAAACAUAAAUACAAACAAAUAAAAAAAAACUAUACUCUUA